AAUUGGUUUAGUCGAUUAAAAUACGGACAGUAAUACAUUAACCUGACGUCAUCAUAUUGAGCCGCCGUCUGCAGUGAUUUGCGAUUUUUCCUCCCUUUACACGUUAUUACGACAAAAAAAAACCCAUUUGCGGCCGAGUCGCUAGGAUACUGCCGUCUGGUCACGCCUCUUUCCUAAAUUAAACCAUUUUGAUUGGUCUUACUUCCCCUCGACAUCUUGUCGUCAAGUGGUAGCGGCUGUCGCGCCAUCAUGUCAAUAAAACUGAAAUUGGACCAAAACACUUCUUUAAGUGGAGUAUUUUGAGAAAUAUACGAUGUGGCGCUACUUUGUUGCAUUUGGAAUGAAAAUAGCAACUACAUAAUUCAUCGAGCCAAGGAAUAAAACCCCGCCAGGGACAUGCUUUAACUUUCAUGCACUCGCCUUGUCUGACCACUUCAAGAUGGAUGCAGAAAUGGAUUCUCAGAGGAGUGUGACCGGUGAUAGCCAAUCUGAAGGCGGAUCAGCGGAGCUCUUCUGCAGAACACCAGAGCAAGAUGGAGAUGAUUUUUCACGGGCUGACACGGCCUCUCAGACUUUAAUGGACUGCGGGUCUUUAAGUGGGUUCAGCGAUCCUUCGCUUGCAAGUUUUAGAAGUAGUCCGGCCCUUGCGCAGUGUUCUUCUAAUGGCCAAAAAUCAAAGAGGCUCAGUUCUCCUGGCCCUCACCCUGUGAAAACAACCUGUGUCGUACACUCCCCAAAUCCUAAACCGGCCUGUUGCGCAAGUCCGAGGAAAGGCCCGUCCUCCAACGACGUGGAGAUGCCAAGUCCCAACAGCCCUGUUGGUAAAACACUGCUCACCAACAACUGGGCAGGAGAUGGCAGCGCUUGUGUCGAAGAGUGUGCAGAGGCUCGGGACCACAAAUGCCAGAACUUUGUUUCAGAGCCCGACAAACACUCAGCCGCAGGAACCAGGAAUAUCCUGGCGAGUGAUUGUAGCGACCAAUCAGUUUUAAGCCAGGAAUUGGUUAUCAGCCAGAAAGGUGCUACUUGUGAAAGUCUUCCAUCCCCUGAGCGUGACUCCCCCAGAGCGUGGCUGGGGACCCCCAUCAAUGAGCUGAACAGGAUGCCCCAGUGUGCUCCUCCACUGUCUCACCUGAAAGCCGUUCCCAACCACACUGUCACAGUAAGGACAGAUCUCCUCAGAGAGGGAGAGGUGCCUGUCUCGUACCCCGGCAAGUUCAAAGACGCGUGGGAUGACGUGUCAGUCAAGAUGCCUUGCUCCGAGAAGAAUCUCUUCCCACUGGAGACGGAGGAUGGAGGUGGGGUCCAGAGUCGGUGGGAGUUAAUCCACUCGGCCUUGCAAGGAGGGUUUAAGAGUUCUCUGGAUGUGAGGGAUGCUAUCUUGAGAUACAACACAGCCCAUGCCAAGAAAUGGGACUUCACUGCUCUCAACCUCCUUUGCACCGAGUGUCUGGACCAUUGCGAGGUUCAGCACCUUUACGAGGCCGUGCUGCCUUCCAUGGUCACGUUGGCACUAAGUGCUCCGCGCCUCUGCACCAUGCCAAUCCCCCUGCUGAAGUCACGGAUGAACCAUUCCCUCACCAUGUCUCAAGAGCAGAUCGCCUGCCUUCUGGCCAACGCCUUCUUCUGCACAUUCCCGCGACGCAACUCCCGCAAGUCAGAGUACUGCAACUACCCGGAGAUCAACUUCUACAGGUUAUUUGAAGGCUCUUCACCACGAAAAAUUGAGAAGUUGAAAACACUCUUCUGCUACUUCAGGAGAGUUUCGCAGACCAGACCAAAGGGCCUUGUGACAUUCACAAGACAAACUGUGAACACGCUUCCAAACUGGGAGAACUGCCAGACUCAGCUGACUCUCUUACACAUCACCUGCGAGGGGACAAUUGAAGCCGAUGGUUACGGGAUGCUGCAGGUGGAUUUUGCGAACCGAUUCGUCGGCGGCGGCGUCACCGGAAACGGCCUGGUCCAAGAAGAGAUCCGGUUCAUCAUUAACCCCGAACUCAUCGUCUCCCGUCUCUUCACUGAAGCACUGGAGCAAAACGAAUGCCUCAUCAUCACAGGUGCUGAGCAGUACAGUCGAUACUCUGGCUACGCUGAAACUUACAAGUGGGAUCAGUGCUACAAAGAUGAGACUCCCAGGGAUGACUGGCAGAGACGAUGCACAGAGAUUGUGGCCAUUGAUGCGCUGAAAUACAAGCACUUCCUGGAACAAUUUUUGCCAGAAAAGAUGACGAGAGAGCUCAACAAGGCUUACUGCGGAUUCUUCCGAAAUAACGCCAACAAAAAGCACUUGUCUGCAAUCGCCACCGGCAACUGGGGUUGCGGCGCUUUCGGGGGAGACACGCGACUCAAAGCGCUGAUUCAGCUGAUGGCUGCGGCAGAGGCGGGCAGGGACAUGGCGUACUUCACCUUUGGAGAUGCUUCGCUCAUGCGAGAUGUUUACGACAUGCACACUUUCUUGACUGAGAGACAAGUCACAGUGGGGAGGCUGUAUGGCCUUUUGAAUCAAUACUCCAGUUUGGUUUGCAAGAACUGCCGCUCGACCAGACCCGACGUUAGCUUGUAUGAUUUCAUCUACCGGUCUCUUCCCCCCGUGACCGCCGAUGCCUUGGACUCUGCUAAGGACUCUGGGAUCUCCCCUAAUUCUCAUUAAAGAAAAAAAAAAAAAAGAAAACAUCCCGUCCUGCAGGUUCAGAAACCUCAGUCGUGUGCUUACAAUCACUCUGACAAGUGCAUUUCAGUAAUUCAAAUAUUGUGGAAAACAUUUAUUUCAGUAGUUCAACUCAAAGUGAACCAAAGCUUGCCAGGAAAAGCAAAAAUCUGAUUUUUGAGAUUUCUCAGUCGCGAACCGCAAGAAAAGAAACUUUUCACCAAUAUUCUCAUUUACUGAGAUGCACCUGUAGCCACGCUCCCUUUACGUUUGUGAUUUCUCCAACACGCAAACUACCAGAACACAGUUUUGCCUUUCUUGCUGGUGGUGAGUGUAUAACAACAGCCUUGUAGUUGUCACCUCAUGUGGUGAGAUGUUUCCACUUUCUAGCAAUAGUAAAUCCUUGUUGCUGUUCAGCCUUUUUAAUCCCGUAAAAGUGGGUCGUGGAAUGCCAAGUUUCCAUUCACAUAAGGUUGAUGACAGACACCCAAAUGUCGACAGAACUCCGCCAAGGCUAAACUUUUAAGUAGCUCUACUAGCCCUGAUUUGGGGGUGGGAAGUGCAAAAACAAAUUUGCCAUGAAUGCGACUUGGAAGAAGUAUAACAAUAUUGAGAAAUAAUCUUACUGCAUUUCCCAUCCUUUCAAUAUUAUAAUUUAAUAUUUGAUUUUUUCCAAGAUCCUCUUCCCAUGUAUUUUUUUUCAACAAACACAGCCAAAAUGUUAAUCUAUAUAACAAUAAACAAUUUGUUUAUUAUACAUAAAUGUUUUAGUAUAUAAGAAGAAAACGGAUACAGUAACAGUAUGGCAACUAGAGCCUUGUUAAAGUACCUCACAGUGAAAAGGGGCCGUUUAUUCCCGGCCGUAUAUUCUCCCAAAUGCAUGUUUGUGGACACAUACUCGAAAGAUUUGAUGACGCGCCAUUGUUAUCAGUAUUAUCUUCUAUUUUAGAAAAAGUGACCGCGAAAGAGGCUGUGAGUGACAGAGAUGCUGCGCUGUAUUCUAUGCAUGGGUAUACAGUAUGUCUUAUCAAAUAUUCUAAACAUAUAUGCUGCUCUUUUGUAUCUUUGUUUGACAUACGACAGACUAUCAUUCUUUAAAGGGGAAGUCAACCCUCAAAUUUUCUUUGUCGAAAUAUGUUCUGUGCGGCUCAGCAAGUUGAAACGCGCUGUUCUGAUGUUCUGUUCACGGUUUGUGGAAUAUAAAUGAAACAAGGCAAAAUACACCGGUUUUCAUCCAUUUCAAAAGGCGGCCAUUUUACCACGUGCCGUCGCCUGAAAAUGACAUCACGGUUACCAGGUCUCAGGUCACAACCAAUCAUGGCUCACCAAUUUUCUGAAGCUGAGCCAUGAUUGGUUAGGACACCUGGCAAUUGUGAUGUCAUUUUCAGAAAGUAGCAAAAUGGCCGCUCGCUGAGAUGAAUAAAAACAGGUGAAAUUAGCUACCUAAUGUAAUAUUAUUUUGGGCUUGGCUUUCCCUUUCUUAAAAAAAAACAUCCCUAUAUGUACAAACUGAGGAUUAAUGGAAGAAUUGCUUGUCAAAUAUUUUGUUGUUUUUACACAGCAUUUGAGAAUACUGUAAAUGAUUUAUGGACACUAUUUAAAGAUGCUUUGGUUACAUCUCCGAUAACGCCUGUAAAUGUGUCGCAUAAUAUUGUACUGUAGGUUUUUAAGUUGCCCUCUUUUUGUUAUGGUUUCUUAAUUAAAAUAUAUCCUGUUCAA